AUGUUCCAAGCGCCCAUCGCGCUGCUGCUCUCGCUGCUUCUUUUCUCGACGGCGGCGGCGAAGGGCCGUGAGUCCGAUCAGUUCGUCAAGUUGACCCGUGCGGACCCGUGUGUCCGGCUGCUCUCUGCCGACGGACCCUCGGGCUGCGCAACGCCCGCAGGUGGCGCAAUCGCGCCACUCGUCGCCGUCGAGAGCCGCGAGGCGCUCGCGCGGGUCCUGAAUGCGACCGAACCGGUCUCGGUCGCCCUAUCAGCCGAGCUCUUUGAGGCCAGCGUGAUGCACUCGCUGCGGCAACGUCUCGGUGGCCUGCUGCGCGGCGUGGCCGUGCUGCACUCGGACGGGAUGCCGCGCGGGUGGGCGUCGCCCGAGCCCGCGAGCGAGGGCGGCGGGCCUGGGCCCGGCGGCACGGUGCUCAACCCCUCCGGGAGCGGCCUAUCGCGCGACUCGUUUGACUUCGGCGUCGUCCUGCUGAGCGCCGGAGAGAGCGCCGCGCUGCUGGGCGCGGUGCGCGCUGGCGGCUCGCCGCUCCUCGAGCUCAAGUACCCGAUGUUCGCGACGGGCGACUCGCUCAGCUGCCUCGCCGAGGGGAGCUGCCUCCCUCUCGGAGGGCAGAGCGUGUGGGGCGCCCUGCCGCCACGCACCGCCGCGCAGUCGCCGCCGGCGAAGGACAAGCCAGCCGUGAUGCUGACUGCGUCGCUCGACGCCGCCGCCUUCUUCCACGAGCACGCCGCGGGGGCGGAGGCGGCCGUCUCUGGCACCGUCGCCCUCCUCGCUGCGGUCGCCUCCGUCGCUCGCCUCGCCGGCAGCGCAGAGCAGCUCGAGGCGCUGCCCCGCACGCCGGCGUUCGCCCUCUUCACUGGGGAAGCGUACGGGCAGAUCGGAUCGCGCCGCUUCUUCGGCGACGUGGAGACGUUCCGCUGCGACAACCGGAGCCGCGAGGAGGGGGCGGCGCCGCAGAGCGCCGCGCCGCACCCGCUCGGUCCCCCUCCCUCGUGCGCUUCGCCGUACAAGCCCGACCUGCGGCCGGAGGCGGCGUCGGCGGAGCGGUGCGCGAGGCGGCGCGCGAGCGAGGGGCCCGCGUCGAGGUGCCCCUCGCUUGGCACCUUGGCAGACUACGACGCGGAGAGGCGCGGCGGCGGACGGUACGGCUCUCGCUUCGACACGCUCGAAGGCAUCGACGCCUCUCUCGUGUGCGAGGCGUCUGCAGUCGCAGCGGCCGCCUGGUGGCGGCUGGCGGGAGGGGAAGGGUCGCCGGCGCCGAACUGCUCGCUGGUCGAGGAGCGCCGAGAGCUGCUGGGCUGCUUCCUCACCGACCCGCGCUGCGCAACCGCGACGCAGCUCGAGGUCGAGCCGCCAACCUCGCGCUACACGAGCGCCUUCCUCCCGCUCCGCGGCGAGCUGGCCGCCUCCGGCACCGCAAAGUUCGCCGCCGCCUUUCUGCGCGCCGCGCUGGCGCCGCUCUGCCCCGCAGAGCCGAGGCGCUCCCUGUUCCCGGGCGCGUCCGGGACGGCGGAGGAGGGCUCGCCGCUGUGCGAGCCGACGGUGCUGACCCACGACGCGGUCUCGCCCUCCCUCGAGUACGACGCGGAGGCGGGCAUCUUCCGGCUGGUCGACGAGGCCGCCGUCGCAAACGGGACCGACGCGCUGUGGACCGAGUCCAACUGGCCGCGCGACACGCACGCGACGCUGUGGCUCUACCGGCCCAGCCCGUCCGAGCCGCCGCUGCUCUUCGCCUUCGCGGCGACGAGCAUGGCCACCACGCUCGCCGUGGUUGCGCUCAGCUGCAGCAGGAUCAACCGCAAGGGUUGGCUUCGAGUGUCGGAUUGA